GUGUGCGUGUGUGUGUAUGUGUGUGUAUGUGUGUGUGUGCGUGUAUGUGUGUGUGCGCACGCGCGUGCAGCUGUACGGGGUGUCGUGCAUACUGUUGUUUCUGCUGCUCUGGCUGCUCUGGGGAGCGAAAGUUGAGGAUGUAACUCGGUGAGGAGGGGAUGGUGGCUCUCUGCUGGCUGGGCAGUAUAGACCUGCCCUCAUGUGAAGACAACUGGAAACACAGACAGCCUCAGACUGCUAGGCCUAUGCCCCACCAGCCUCUUCUCACCUAGCCAAAGCGUCCAAAGUGUAGCUUCUCCAGGCCUCCUGCUGACACCCCAGACAGCUGGUGUUUCCGCUGUCAUGGCUACUACGCACACACCACGCUCUGGGUGCCAGUCCUGGGAGGUGGGAGCUAGAGCAGACAUGGUGAGAGGGAGGAGUGGGGCUGUUGGCUUAGGAAGGAGAGCACCCCUCCUACGCCAAGCCACGCGGGGGCUGCCACUCCAAAGUGUCAGAGUAUAGCUCUCCACCCCCCACACCUCCUGUCCAGCUUACCUCCCCUAGUGCAGAGAUCCUAACUAGAUAAUGAGAAAAUGCCAAAGGAGGCAAGUCAGAGAAAGUAUGUGCCAGGCCACGAGGCCCAUAGUGGCCCCCUUCCCCACCCUGGUUAGCAUCCCCACCACCCAUCCUCUGGGCCCCAGAACUAGAACUCCUACGACCCCACCCCACUGGGCUCUUUGGCUCACCUUCUAGAACAUGGGUACCUCCUCUUUAGACUGCUGACUCUGCUGCCGACUAACUGUGGGAUUCUGGCCCAUUCGAUGUCUGUGGCCCUGAGAGCCGGGGAAGCGCCCUCCCCACGGGACAGACUUGUUCAUUAACAGGCAAGGGCUUUAGACUGAUGUGGUUCAUACACAGCGGGUAGGGAUAGGAAGCUGGCAGCCAGCAGCUUCUGUGUCCAAGGAGAGUCCAAGGUGCCCUCCCUCACUGUCUGGAAGUUGAAGGGGAAGAGCCAGGGCCUUAGCUUGCCCCUGCUCCCCCACCCCUUGUAGAUACUGCCUUAACACUCCCCCACCCUCGGCUGUGGCUGCCACCCAGCCAGGUUUCUCCGAGCUCACUAAUUUAUUUCCAAGAAGGUGUGUGGAAGACAUGAGCCGUGUAUAAUAUUUUUUUUAACAUUUCCAUCGCAGUAUUGACCAUCAUCCUUGGUUGUGUAUCGUGUAACACAAAUAAUGAUAUUAAAAGCAUCAAACAAGCCAGACUGAGCUCCUUACCUGGGGUGUGGGCUAAGGAAGGGAAGAAACUGAUCGCCUGGAUGCACAUUGUCCCUCUCCCUCUGCUUGUUCCUGGUGUGUGGCCCUAGUCCAUCAAGCCCCUCCUAACCUCUGCCUGUCUUCAGCAGUGAGAAGUGUGGCCUACAAGUUUUCUAGGGGCCUUCUGAACUCUUGGGAAAUGAAGAUUUUGAAAGGUUCAAGGCAGGAAGGGGCUGGCCAAAGGGAGGAAAGGAUGCGGCCCAGACAAGUGAUAUCACAAUGGGCACUGCCCAUCCUGAAAAGGAAGUUGGGUGGGGUAGAAGCAAGAAGGCCCAGGGGGAAGGACACUGACAGGUCCCCAAAAAGGAGGGGGUCACAGCAGCUGGGGCACCUUCCAGGCUGGAGGUGUGGGCUAUCUCCGGGAAGGGGUGGUCACUGAUGUCCAGCAGGAGUCCUUGAAAGGCAGAGCCCACUAGAGCAUCCCUGAGACUCCACCAUGUUCCUCUUCUCCCGGAAGACCAAGACCCCCAUCAGCACCUACAGUGACUCCUACAGGGCUCCUACCUCCAUCAAGGAGGUCUAUAAGGACCCACCUCUAUGGGCCUGGGAAGCCAACAAGUUUGUGACUCCAGGUCUGACUCAGACUAUGCACCGCCAUGUGGAUCCCGAGGCUCUUCAGAAGAUGGUCAAAUGUGCUACGCAGGACUACACCUAUAAGAACUCCAUAUCAGGCCACCCUUACUUGCCUGAGAAAUACUGGCUCUCUCAAGAUGAAGAGGACAAAUGCUGUUCAAGCUACCUGGACAAUGACCGUUACAGCACAUGGAGGACAGGACCUUACAGCAACUACUGGGACAAGUACACCACCUGUCUCCCCCGACUGCCUAAGGAUGCCGGGAUGGAGACGGUAGUGCGAGGAAUGCCGUUGGAGUACCCUCCUAAGCCGGAGCGCCUCAACGCCUACGAGCGCGAGGUAGUAGUGAACAUGCUGAAUUCGCUGUCCCGGAACCGGACUCUGCCACAGAUUGCGCCCCGCUGUGGGUGCGUGGACCCUCUGCCGGGCCGCCUGCCAUUCCAAGGAUACCAAAGCCCUUGCUCUGGCCGCCACUACUGUCUGCGCGGGAUGGACUACUGCACCACCGGGGAGCCUAGCAGAGAACGCCGCCUGCGGCCUUUGUGUUCCAAGGAGCCGACUGUAAGGAGUGUCUCGCCCUACGUUCACCGGCCCGGAAUGCAAUGUGCUGUUACAACUCCCCCGCCAUCAUACUACCCAUUUCCCAACCUUAAAUGGGACACAAGCCACUUCAAGAAAACUGGUGGUUCCCAGAGAAACAACUAUGUUGUCCACCCUGAGUUUGUGUCUGAGACCUAUCCUGUCUACCAUUCCUGGUAAAGCUUUGGCCAGGUCAAGGAAGAGGGUGGAGCAAUAAACUCUU